AUGGAUCAUCCAAGCAAUACACUUCUUACAAUUGUAACACUUUCGGUUUUAACACCAUUCGUCUUAGGAGAUGGAGUGGUACCACGGCAAGUCCUUAGGCCAUACUGUUCACACACUUGUGGAAAUGUUAGCAUUCCAUAUCCAUUUGGUAUUGAAGAUGGGUGUUACUUGGUGGAUGAUAAAUAUGAUUACAAAUUCGUUUGUAAUGAUACUUACACUCCACCAAAACUAAUACUUGGUAUCAAUUUGGAGGUGUUGAAAGUUUCACUAGAAGGUGAACUAACCAUUAAUAAUAACGUUUCUUUUGAUUGUUACAAUAACUCAACUCAAGGCCAGCUUCCUGGUAACAGAUUUUGGAACUGGGUAAACCUGGUGAGGUUUACGGUUUCUAGAACGAAGAACGUUUUUAUUGCAAUCGGCUGUGACACCUAUGUCUGGUUUUCCGGGUUUCGAAACGGAAGACCGUAUGAGACAGGUUGCAUGACUCAAUGCAGCUCCCUAGACGAUGUUGUUGAUGGUGCUUGCAAUGGAAUUGGUUGUUGUGAAACCACACUUCCUGGUGGAGUUUCCAACAUGACAAUAAGAGUGAGAAGUUUUUCGAAUCAUAGUCUCGUACCCUUUAAUCCUUGUAGUUCCGCGUUUGCUGUUGAGAGAGAAACCUUCGAAUUUUACAAAAGGAAUUUGACCCAGGACAUAAACUACUACCGUAAUAAUCAGAUAAAGAUGCCAAUAAUCUUCAAUUGGACAGUUGGAAGAAACAGUUGUUCAGUUGCUAAAGCAGACGGGAGUUACAUUUGUAUGGAAAACACAGAAUGUCAUGAUACAGAAAAUAAAGUUGGAUACCGUUGCAAGUGCAAGGAUGGUUACUCCGGAAAUCCUUACCUUUCUCAAGGCUGCACAGGUAAUAUUCUGAUUUAUAUUCAUUGUUAA